GUACACUCAACUCUUACAGCGUGAUGUUGUGCUUUAAAAGACAGCCUGCUUUUUUGGAGUGACAUCAAAAGGUGCAGCUUAGUACUUUUAAGAAGUGGCACUGCAGCGUCUGGAUGGAACUUGGCAAAGCGAAGCUGCUCCGGACGGGGCUCAACUCUCUCCACCAAGCCAUCCACCCUCUGCAUGGGAUUGCGUGGACUGAUGGGAAGCAGGUCUGUCUGACUGGACUCUACGUUGUCAACGGCGAGGUCAAGUUUGGUGACACCAAUGUGAUAGGGCAGUUUGAGCAUGUUUACGGGCUUUUCUGGGGGCCGCUGUGUUGCUCAGACUCCCCGGCGCUGCUGGCGGUGCAGCACAAGAAACAUGUUACUGUUUGGCAGCUGCAGCUCAGUGCUCUUGAGCAGAACAAGCUGCUGUGUACUCAAACCUGUGAGAUGAGCGAGCCGUUCCCCUUGCUCUCCCAAGGGUGUGUUUGGCAUCCUAAACUGGACAUCUUGGCCGUGCUGACCAAGAGGGACACGUCUGUGCUGUUUUCCGUCCGCGUGGAUAACCGGAGAAUUAAAGCCGACAUCAAAGGGAGUGGUCUCAUCCAUUGUGCUUGCUGGACCAAGGAUGGAACUCGCCUUGUUGUGGCCAUAGGCAGCGCUCUUCACUCCUAUAUCUGGAAUGACAUCCAGAAGAGCCUGGUGGCCUGCUCAUUCUGCCCUAUUUUCGAUGUGGGUGGCUACAUCUGUGCGAUUGAGGCGACUGGAGAGUCACAAGUCGCUGCUGCUACUGAGCUUCCGCUGGAUAAAAUCUGCGGUCUGAAUGCAGGGAUGUCCUUCGACGUGGCAGAGGAAACGGACACGCCACAGGGACUCCAGCGGGCCCUCUCGGAGGACGACACCCCGUUCGAUUCACGUCGAAGAUCGUUUGAUUUUGACAGGACUCUCAUUUCCAGCCCAGGCCCUGUAGAUCUCACCCAUAUUCUGGCAAGGCACCGGCGAUCCGACCCCAGCCCUUUGCUUCAUCUGCGCCGUCGAGACACAGUGACCGGCUCUGGUCAGGACUCCUCGCACCUCAUCCUCAUCACCUAUGAGCGUAAAGUGACCACCACUCGUAAAGUCAGCAUCCCGGGGAUCCUGGUUCCCGAUAUCGUGGCUUUUGAUCCACGUGGCUCAACGGUGGCGGUGGCGUCCAACACCUGCAACAUGGUGCUUGUGUACCGCAUCACUUCGGCGGCCAUGCCCAACGUUCAGCAGAUAUCUCUCCAGAACAAUGAGAGGCCUAAAGGACUCUGCUUCCUUCAUGACAAGCUGCUGCUGCUGAUGGUGGGCAGGCAGAAGUCCAGUGACCCCGCCUUCCUCCCGUCGUCCAAUACUGAGAAAUAUCUGCUUCACUUUGUCUCCAAAGAGUUGGUCUACACCGUAGAUAGUCCUGUGGCACCAUCACCCUCUUCCCCCAACCCUCAGUCCGAUUACUCACCUCGGAUUAGGAGGCACUCUGAACACAUCUCCAAGGACGACAGGGAGCGUCCAGCGAUUAAGGACUUGGUGCUGCCUGGAGGGGGCGUCGUUCGCUCGCCGGGAAGCAGGCGCCGGCUGGUGGAAGAGGUGAGCAGCCCCGAGCCCAGCAACAUAGCCCUGGACUUCACAGAGCGACCGCAGGACAGACCGAUAUCCAGCGCCUCCUCAGUCACCGUCGAGACCUUCGACAUGGACCAUAUAAACCGCAUGGCCAGCUUGGCCGUGGCCGGUCAGGCUAGUAGGGACUCCAGCCGGGCCGGCUCUCCUCGACUGGAACCUCCCGACAAGAGUCCGGCGGAGCCGAAGCUUCCGAUGCACGACAAAAAGUCCAGCCACGCCAGAGAGCAGGCGUUGGAGCAGCUCGUGCAAAAUAUGGAGAGGCUGUUCAGUCGCUUCGCCGACGUCCAGCAGUGCCUCGCCGAAAUCAGAGAUUACACACAGAACGGAAAGAAGGCUCUCAGUGUCUACCCGAGUGCCUCUGAGCCCCUCUACGUCAAUGUCACAUGUCAGAAGCAGCUGUCUGAAAAUGUCUUCAUCGAUGAGCGGAGGCCGGUCCUGCUGUGCGAAGGGAAGUUGUGUCUGCGAAUUCUCCAAGAGCUUUUCAACCUCACCAUCGUGGAGAUGAUGUACGGUCCGCUGUGGGUUGUGCUCGUGGCAGACGCGGAUGGUUUUGUUCCCCUCACGUUCAAACCUAAAGAAGAGCUCACUUUGCGCAAUGGCAAGAGGAAGUCGACUGUAAGGACCCCGGAGACCUCCUGCCCUUCCAGUCCUGCCCCCAUGCAGAGCCCCAACACACUGGCAGAAACGUGACGUCUUUCUGUGCUGAAUGUCGAGCUGUUUGAGAUUUGGAAAAAAAUAAACCUGAAAUUUUU